UUUUUCAUAAUCUGAAAGCUGCAUAAAUAAGCUUUCCAUUGAUGUAUGGUUUGUUGAUCAGACAAUAUUUGGCUGAGAUACAACUAUUUGAAUAUCUGGAAUCUGAGGGUGCAAAAAAAUCUAAAUAUUGAGAAAAUCACCUUUAAAAGUUGUCUAAAUGAAGUUCUUAGCAAUGCAUAUUACUAAUCAAAAAUGAAGUUUUGAUAUAUUUAUGAUAAGAAAUUUACAAAAUAUAUUCAUGGAACAUGAUCUUUACUUAAUAUCCUAAUGAUUUUUGGCAUAAAAGAAAAAUCGAUAAUUUUGACCCAUACAAUGUAUUUUUGGCUAUUGCUACAAAUAUACCCCAGUGACUUAAGACUGGUUUUGUGGUCCAGGGUCACAAAUGGCAAGAAAUUUGAUAGGCCUAACAACUGAACGUCUAUGAAACGCCAGUCAAUAAUAUUUACAAUUACAACCAUAUAUUUUUCAAUUAAAGAAAACUUAGAGAAUGUGGGCUGCUUCUGGUACUUGAAUUUCUACUUCGAUAUAAUGAGAUCCAAGUUUAAUAGAUAUGCACCCCUUCGUUGAAGGCAGCGCCUGAUUGCCUAAUCCCAACCCCACCCCAAAUCCUAACCCCUCUCGCACACCAACUCCUAAACCUACCAAUGCUAAGGGGUGCAUAAUCUGCAGAAUUCGGCACCACACCGUCCAUUGCGGCCAAAAAAAACAGACCAGCCCACCGGCAAUCCUCCCGGUGCUCCGAUUAGCCAAUCUGGGUCUGGGUCCAGGGUCACAUUUCAGGUGUUAAUAUAUGUUAUGAUUUAACAUGUGCUUUGUGCUACUGUAUAACUAGAAAAACGAUCAAAACCACUAGCAUCAACAUGAAGCAGGUGCUCAAAAAGAGAUGAUAUAACAGGGCCGAUGUACAGAAUCUUAGCUUACUUUUUAUUUUAAUCAUACAUUUAACUUAAUCCAUGUUAAAUAUAAAUAUAGUCCAACUCAGUGUGAAUUUUAUUCACCUUUCUUGAUUCAAGUCCUUUUUUGACUACGGGCAAGGCCUCAGGAUCUUGCAAAUUAAUUUAUGGUAGGCUAUAAAGGAACAGAAAAUAGGACAUGGACCUAUUGGUUUUGUUUUUGAGGAUGAAGAGGGGGAGGGGGGUGGUUCUGAGCAUCUGUUUUGGUGGGUUGCACUCUUUACUAAUAGGAACGAUAACUCAGAAAGUUUCAUAGUUUUUUGAUUUAACACUCACUAAGUCAGCGAUCAACAAUUGCAGUAAUAUUUUCUCUGGAGAAUUUCAUAAAGUGUACAUUUAUGCAUCAAGAUGAAAGCCCAACCAAUCACUGAAUAUCAGUAUGAAAUAUCCACUUUAGACUAUUAUGAUUACAAUUUUACCAAUGACGACAUCUGUCUCAAGAAAAAUGCUGUCCAGUUUGCGACAGCCAUCACUCCAGUCAUUUUCAUCAUCAUCGUUCUGUUCAGCUGUGUGGGAAACACUCUGGUCGUGUGGGUCCUUGUGAAGUAUGAAAAUCUGAAAUCCCUCACCAACACAUUUCUGUUCAAUCUGGCUCUCUCUGAUCUGAUUUUCACUUUUGGGCUGCCCUUCUGGGCCUACUACUACAUGUAUGGCUGGACUCUUGGAGAUCCUGCUUGCAAAGCAGUUAACUUUGUGUUCUACACGGGAUAUUACAGCAGCAUCAUCUUCCUGACGGUUUUGACCAUCCACCGCUACAUGGCCGUGGUUCAUCCCAUGUCAGUGGUCAUGUCUAGGAAGAGUCUGCACUGCUAUGCGACAUCAAUAGUCAUCUGGAUCAUCAGUCUUUGUGCUGCUAUCCCACAAGCCAGGUUCAACUCAGUUGUGUACAACCCCACUGAUGCAUUCAUGGAUGCUCAAAACAACAGCACCAAUGCAGUUCUGCUCUGUGAUUUUGCUGGUGAAAUAAAUUGGAAAUUGUCAAGUACAUACUUGCAAAAUUCCUUUUUCAUUAUAGCUUUUGCGAUCAUUGCAUUUUGCUACACUGUGAUCUUGGGACGGCUGCUUCGACCAACAUCUCACACUCGUAGAAAGACGGUGCAGCUCAUCCUCUUCAUUGUGGUGUUUUUUUUCUUGGGAUGGGGGCCGUACAACGUGGCCAUAUUUCUGGACUCUCUGAUUUCGUGGAAAAUCUCUCCUUUUAGUGAUUGUAAGCUGAGUGAAUCUAUAGACUAUUUGAUGUAUGUCUCUCGGAUGGUGGCUUUCUCACACUGCUGCCUGAAUCCUGUGUUUUAUGUUUUUAUGGGGAUAAAAUUCAGAAACCACUUGAAGAAAAUGUUACAGACUUUCUGUAGGAAAAACACAGAGUCUCAGAAUCGACAAAGCAGGCUUAUUUACUCAAAUGGUGAAGAAAUAUCUAUGUAUUAGCUCUCUACGCUUAAAAGAAAAACUGAAGAAAAAAAAAAAAAAAAUCCUGGGUUGGAACAUUGCAUGUACUGAUUUUCAUCAACAAAAUGAAUGCAAUGUAAAUGUCUGUACAAUAAACUGAUCUCUGAAAUUGCAUGUAAAUAUUUGGAAACAUGUAGCUCAAGUACUAAAACAUAUCACAAAGUUGCAAUUUGACCUUGAUCCUUGUCUUAUGUUGUUAAAUGAUGAUUCUUCCUAUAACUUCACAUUAGUUCAGAGAAGACUGUUAAUGGCUGGUUUCACUGCUGCUAAAAAAACAAUUACACAGCAAAGGUUCACACCUGACAUGGAUCCUAGAAGAUUCUGGCUGCUGUCUUUUCAUUAUAUUGUUUGUUUAGAACGCAGCACUGCAAGGAUUAAUGGGGCUAGAAUACAAACUGUCACUUAUUGGAGUAGUAUAGCCCAAGCUUUAAAAGAAUUGUUUUAAAUUGAUGAUACAUUAUUCUGUGUGGUAAUUCGCUGCCGUGGUUUAUUUGUUUAUUUUUGUUGUUGUUGUUUUUUUCCCCCCCUUUCUUGAUAUUUAUGCUGUUAUCCAACAUUUGUAAUGUUCUUAUUUCAAAAAAAUUAAAUAAAAAUAAAAUAAAAAAAAUAAAAAAUAAAAAUAAUUGCAUGUAAAUAGCUCUAAAAAUCUGUGGUGCAAUCUUAUAUACAUUUACUGUGUUAAAUUGAUUUGCAUUGUAUAUUUGCUUUAUUUUACACAUUCAUAAUCGAUGCUGUAAAUGAUGA